CUGUAUUUAUUCAAGUUAGUUUAAAAUUUAUAUGUAUGUAUAAUUUAUUCGUCGAUUCAAUUUUUGAAAGAUAAUUUAUUAAAUUCAGUAACAAUUUUUCAAUUUUUUUUUAUCCUGGGGAUUUUUUCAAAAUGAGAGGACCAUUAUCAACCCGUGUUUCUACGUUAGCAAUCAUAUUCUUUUCUGUUUCGAGUUCGUUUUUAUUGGUAUCGUCACAGAACUCCACCAAAAAAGUUUGUGAAACAAAAGAAUGUUUAUCCGCAGCGCAGAAUUUGAAAGAAUCGAUCGACUUUGAAGCAGAUCCCUGCGACGAUUUCUACCAAUAUGCUUGCGGAAAUUGGCCAAACGUUCAUAAAAAUGAGAACGGUAGUGAUAUCCCACAAAGUACUCUACUAUUGCGGAAGAAUGAAAUUAAUGCCGAAAUUGUCGAUUUUCUAAAACAGAAUAAUACCAAAGACGAACCAAACGCCGUUCACAAGGCUAGGAAAUUCUUUUGGCUGUGUUUAAACGAAGCUGCUUACAGCAAUAAACUGGAUCUGAUUGAACCUCAGUUGAAAGAAAUUGGUUUAUCAUUAGUUCCUUUCCUUACUGAAGAAAUCACAAAUAAAACCUUCGACUACACGACGGCGUUGGCCAAAGCACCCAAACUGACCGGAAUCAAUGUUCUUUUCGAUAUCACAAUGGACUUACAUCCUUUCAACCAAACUCUAAACAAAAUCGUAUUGAGUAACCUUAAAGAAACAUCAAAUUCUCUAAAUACGACUUCACCCAUGGCAAGUGAAGAAAAAAUUUCUGAAGCCAAAUUCAUGGCCGAUAUAAUGCAAAAAUUGUGCGUAUUGAGAAGACCAACAGACUUUUGCACAAGAUGGAUUGCACCAGACAAUAAGGCUAGGAAUGACACGAUCAAAAACAUUCUGAAACAACAAGAUGAAAUUAAACAGAUCAACCUAGAACCUUCCGCACCAGUGUUAAUCACAUUGAAAGAACUACAAAAUCUAACUGACAGCAUUGCAAUCGAAGUGAAUACAACGAUUUCCAAAUUUAAUUGGACGAGAUAUAUAGAAGAAACUUUUGCCGGUUUGGAGUUCGUUAAAUUGAAUCUCAAAGAUCCGGCCUCAAUUAAAAUUUCAACUCCGGAUUCCAUCAAAGAAAUAAUACGAUACAUUUACGAAAAAAAUAAUUUAAGAUUGAUCGAGCUCGGACUUUGGUGGAAAGUUGCUUCUGAACUUUUACCCGCCAUUGAUUUGACAAUUCGUGACAUAAAGAAUAAAUUGAACAGCCUUGAAGUCACUCCAACAGUAGAAAGCGGUUGUAUUCAGAAAACCAGGUCAAUAUUCGGUUGGGCAAUUAAUUACUCAUACACGACGAACGAAAAAUACAUCAAAGCCAAGACCACCAUCGGUAGAAUGUUUGCACAUAUUAGAGAAAGUUUAAAACAAAUCAUUGAGAACGCCUUCUGGAUGGAUGAGAAGACCAGACAAAGAGCGCUGAAAAAAUUACAGUUGAUGAAGUCAUAUUUGGUAUAUCCGAGUGUACUCAAUGAAACAACCUUACUGAAUGAGUUAUACAAAGACGUGAAGAUAACCGCCAAUUUCUACGAGACACUGGUUUCAAUCCAUGAGAAUGACUUGAGAAGAAUCCUAAGCAUGAAGAAUCAAACAAAUAAUCUGGAAAAAAUUGAAAUAGAUCCUAGCAGAGUGAAUGCACUUUAUGAUACUCCAGAAAAUACCAUGAUCAUUCCAGCUGGCAUACUUGGAGUAUCAAUUUAUACCAACAGUCUAAGGUUAGUACGAAUGCUCAUUCUUAUCAUAUACUAGUCGGGGGUCCCGCAUAACGAUCACCUGCACCCCCUGCCGAUUCUCCGGGACAACUUUUUUCUCAAAGGGGAAGUGCUAACAAGGGAACCUCUUAAGGGGUCCGCCUCCGAUUUGAACAUGACUGCGAUUUUUGGAAAGAGCAUGUUCUAAAACCACCAAAUCCACAUUUUCAGCUGCCCAAGUUCAUUUUUCGAUUUUUGGCGAAUUUUUGAAAAUCUAAAAAUUGACUAUUUUGGUGAUUUAUGCUUUUUUUUAAAAAGUACGUACUUGAUCAGUAAAAAUGUUCAAAAUAAGUCCUAAAACUGAUAUUAACCCCCCAAAUCCAAAUUUCAUCAUUUCCAGCCAUUCUGGAGCCUCCAGCGCGAUUUUUCAAUUUCUCCAGAAUUUUGAAUUUGCUCCAGAAGGCGUGAAUAUGAAGUUGGGCAGCUAAAAAUCGAGUUGUGUGUUAUACUCGACCUGUUUAACAUUCUUGACCCAUGUAAAUAUUUUGAUUAAAUUAAUGUACGUAUAGUC